AUGAACAGUACUCUGAAAGCUGAGGCUGUCUCCUUUCACCCUGUCUCGAGCAUUCAGAGCACUUUGAACGCUGAGGCUGUGCCAUUUGACCCGAUUCCGAAGGUCCAGAGCAGCAUGAAAAAUGCGGCUACUGUCUUCGUGCCCCUUCCGAAGAUGAAGAGCACCCUGCACGCCGAAGCUGCAAGUUUUACGCCCACUUCCCAGUCGACAGCUACGGUCGUCACUAAUAUUGCGAAGCCGACCUUCAACCCUGAGGCUGCUGCCUUCAUCCCUGGUCCCUAUACCAGUAUCAAGAUCGACGUCGCAACCAGCCUGAACGACUGGGUCUUCAGCUCUGAUCCUGAGGCACCCGCGUUCCUGCCCGCUGUCCAGGCCGUCGAGAAUCCCCAGCGCGAACAGGAGUUUGACUUAUGCGGUAGCGCCAAUCCCUGCGAUUCCUGCGCUAUACCGCUGCCGACUUCCAACAUUUGCGCGGAACAGUCUUUCUGCAUUCUCAAUCCCGAAGCUGACAUAUUCGCUCAAAAUCGUGGAGACACAGAAUUGGAGUGUUCCAUAUCCAGUUUUAAGCCUGAAGCUGCCGCCAUUGUUCCGAAUGCCAGCAAUCUGCAGUCAGAAGGUUUCUCGGCCGGUCUUGACCUCGAUCUCGAUAUCGAGGCUGCUAGCCUCACUCAAGGUGCCAGCACGUGGGCAAUACCAUCGUCGCCUCCUUCCCCCGCUCCAUCUACGAUUCAUCCCGGCCCAGAAGCAGAGAGCGCCGCAGGUAAUGCAUACAUCCCAUCUCCUGAACACGAAUUCUUUGGCAAUGAUGGCUACUUCCCCAUACUUACACCCUACGAAUUUUAUUACUACUACGAUGCCCAUCACCUUAAUUGGCUUGGUCAUCCCAUUGAGGAGAAGUCCUUUACACGUCCUGCAACUUCACUGGCUAUCAUCAUGAGUAAGCCGAAACUAUUGAACAGACCAUUGGAGGAAAACGACAAUUAUCAGCUGCAGGUGCUCUUGAAGAGUGCCUUCCGCUAUAUCGAUCCUGUUGUGUUCACUGGCAGUCGGGAGAUAUUAAAGCUUGGUGGUACUAAGCUUGAGAAUGCUGCCAUUGGCCAAGCCCAGAAGUUUUACUCGCCUUGUGGUUGGUGGCAAGACGAUCACUACGGCCAGGACGAGGAUAUUCCAGAGCCUGAUCCUGAGGAUGAGAACGCAUAUGGUCCCGAAGAUGUGGUCUUCAACGGCUGCAGCAACGAUACUGAUGUUGUGAUGCCUGGUCAAUACUUCCUGCGUGCGCACAUGAAAUUUGCCCAAGAAAUUGGAGAGAUGAGUGUGGUGCAGAAAGGCCGUCGCGAGUACAUGCGCGAACACCGUGGUACCAUGAUCCCAGGGUCUGCCUUGAGGAAUGUUUCCAAUAUAUCGGAUUUGGACCCAUUCGAGCAACCUCUCCGUGACUGGGCCUAUGAGGUGGAGGACAUAGAUGGUCUUGGUUCCCAAAACGUCGCACGGGAGCUGGAGCAGAUUCGCGACGGGCUGAAGAUAGCUAAGCCCGAGCGUUCAUUUCCUGCGAGAGUAAUUAAGUCUGAGGAGGAAAGUGAUCCACAACACCAGGCUCAGUCGGUUCAGAAGGUCGACUUGAAGGACCAUGAGCUCGAUGGGCAUCCCAACGGUGGCUCUGGCGGCUGUGCCGUCAGCAACGAAUCAGGAGUAUGUGUUCUGGAUUUAGUCAGUGAAGAGACCGAGAGCCCGAGCAGUCUCGAAGGCUGUCUGCAAGCCGAACCUCUGACUCCCAGCAAGUUUGUCGACCUGGAUGCUGCUGUAGUUCUGGCUUCAACAACGCCUAUCGACGCUGGAAUGAGUGCUUUUGAGCCCGGGGACGAGUUCACGGAGCUAAUCGAGGACAAGUGGUUCAGCCAGGACAUCGGAACUCAAACGCGAGCCGUUUUCGAUGUCGGUGGCCACGCUACCAUUGUCAGCGUUGUCGAGGCGUCCUCAAACAACGAGCUUACUGUCCCUAACCCUGCUGAGGACAAUGACGAGCCCGCCAGCUCUUAUGAGGAUGCUGUCUGUUCGUCUCCCUCUCCCUCUACAGCCUCACCAGCUGAGGAGGCUUGGCAUAAAGGGGAAGUCACCAAAUAUGCCACGGCUCAGCGCCCAGUGAGCGGUCUCUGGCUUAGCACAAAGCUCAAUGGCAGCUCUGUGCAAGGGCAGAAUGAGGUUCUUGUCACAGAGCCAUCAAAAACGGUCCAGAAGCUUCUGCCUGCGCCCAGCAGUGACUGUUCUUCUACCAACGUCAUCUGCAGCACUUCACUCAGUGACUUCCCUUUGCCAUGUGGUCACAACUUGUCAUCAACCUCAUUACCUCUGGCACCAUCUUCUCUGAUCGACCCUCAGAGACUUCUCCGCCGACCUGCCACCUUAGUUCACACUCCCUCAACCGCAACAGCUAUGGCACCAUCACCACUCAUCCUCUCCGCGCAGACGCAAUCGCAAUUUGACGGGUUCUCAGGCUUUCAUGGCGCCGCUCUCUUGCAGCUCGAUGUGAGCACCGCUACCGCAGCUGGUUCGACAGAGCGACAAUAUGAGUACACACCUACCUCCCUCCAGUCUCGCCAUGAUCCCACAAUGCGCCUCGGAGUUGUCACUUCUGGCACGCCUGAGAUUACUGAGUCACCGCACUCCGACGAGGGCGAGAGUGCCGAACUUAGUACUCCUACGCCACUGGCCUCAACACACAACUUGGGAAUAGGUGUCAGAGCCGGACAUGGGAGCCAAGUUGCAGCCCUGACGCCUCAUAGCACGCCAACUCCGGCCAUGCGGGCACUGUCUAAGAUCAAGAAGCGCGGUGAACAGGUCACCAAGACUUCUACAAGCCAGGACGAUCAGCGAGCGACCUCCCCUAUGCCUGUCAUGCCAUCUCCACCCGUUCGUGCGCCAGCACAGCUUGUCGACAGCAACUCUGCGGAACUUUCAUUUGCCGAUGCCCUGAACAUAACGCCCCCCUGGGUUGCAGCUCGCCGUGCAGACCACAGCAGACCUGGCCAGCGUGCGCCUGAGAUUCCAACUGCAGCGCCAUCGACGCCCGUCCGUGCUUCGGCUCAGCUCGCUAACAACGACUCGCCUGAGGUCUCUUUUGCCGAAGCACUCAACAUCACGCCUCCGCAGGUUGCUGCCCGACGUGAUGCUCGCGCAAAUGCUGCAAAUGGCCGCGCUUCCCGCCGAGAUAUCGAAUCUUCGCCCGCCAGAGGCCGCGCCGCUCGUCGUCGCUACGCCAACUGCCUAAAGCUGCGACCUACCACUGGCUCGGUGGGAGUCACGCCUACGACCGCGAGUGGCAUCAUUCGUCGGAUGCGCGACUCGAAGCCCCAACAGGAGCAGAACGAUGGCCUGAUCACCAAGAUGUGGAAAGGCUUCAAGGGCGUCUUUGGCAAGGAGAUCAACGUGCUGCGAUACUAG